AUGGGGGAAAAAUCGACAUUUAAAAAUGGUUAUGUUUUACGGAUAGGAAAAUUAUUUAUAUUUACUAUAUUCGUAAUACAAAUCUGUUUGGAAGUACAAGCAGCCACUAAAACUAUUGAUUUAAAUACUAGCUCUUUAAACAAAAAUAAAUACCUGCCGCCACUUACAACAAACAACAAUAAUAAUGUUAACAAAUCAUUGCAACAAACUAAAAUCUACACUACCAAAUCUCAACGUUCUAUUGAUAAUUUUAACACACGACCAGAAUUAAAAACCACAAAAUUUCCAAUAAAUCCUUCAUACCCACCAAUAUUUACAUCCUAUGAUCCACCACCAUCGGGUUUGGUUUCACACACCAAUAUUCAAUUACCUUUUAGCCAUUCAGUGAAAUUACCACUUCUACUAUCGAAAUCUGAAAAACAAAACGAUUUUACUAAACAUCCCGGCUUUAGUACACCAAACAUGGCCAGCGAAGAAAUUGAAUUAGAAGGUUCUGCACCCAUGUUAAUGAUUGAAGAACCAGCUGCGGUUGUAUUGCAACCACAAUACAAUAAAACCAUAGAAGCUGCUAAAGUAUUAGCCUCAGCUUUUCUAAAAGCCAACGUUGAAGAUUCAACAAAUACUGCUACUACUGAAAGUAAAAAGCAAUCUAAUUCCACCGAUGUUUUUAUAGUUAAAACACAAAAGAAAGCCUAUAUAAUACCUACACAUUUAAAGAAAGAAGCCACAAAGCCAUCUGGUGUCGAUGACCUUUAUCCAUUGCGUGAUCAGUUCGAGAAGGCAUAUACCAUAAACCAAUUCAUUUUUGUUAUUAAGCCAGAAAAAAUCAAUUUUCUCAAUAAACUAGUUUAGUAAAAGAUUUUUGUAGUAAAUAUGUAUGUUUUAAGUUUAUUAGGAAAUUUUUAAUAAGUAAAAUACAUUUAUAAACAUUUUUAUCAGUGUUGUUAUUGUUAUGAUUAAUUUAUUUCUAUAUAUUUGUGUGUGUCUGGCAUCAACUUUUAAUAGUGAAAUUAUGUUUUAUAUUAACGUCAAGUGGAAGACCAUAUUAUUAGAAUUAUGUUUUAUAUUAACGUCA